GUAGUUGUAUGCCAUUGUAAAGUCUCUGACAGUGGCACUGUGACGCUGUCAGGUGAGUACGGGCAGUGAGUGGAGCUUUCACAAUCACAGGACACUGGUGUCUGAACAGCUCACACAUUGAGACAUCCGAUGAAACCUCCGCGACAUUUCUCCAUUUUCCAAUCGAGAGCUCCCACUGGUUUUCCAUAAUGUACUCUCUGAGGAAAGUGUCUCGUAGAUAGCACUGAAUCACACAGUGGACUGUGACGUGGAAAUGAACACUUUGACUGUCUUGCUGACGGUAUGCAUAUGGAUACAAACAAAAGCUGCCCCAGGACAGUAUACAUGUCCCUCUGCUCCUCGCAGCUUCGUGGAUUUCACUGUGGAAUAUUUCCUCCCCCACCUCCAAACAGACAAUCCUAUACAGAACAUUGAAGUCAAACGGGAAGUGGACCCAUCAGAGGUGUACGUUGCAUGCCAGAAUGUAAUACUGGCAGUUGACCAUUCGCUAAAAAAACUCUGGGAGGUGAAAACUGGGCCCGUGGGCAGUCCUGAUUGUGAAACCUGUCGGGUGUGUGACAUUGAAACUGAUCCUGAGGAUCCAGUGAAUACAGACAAUGAGGUUCUACUUUUAGAUCCUGUAUUUUGGAUCUUGCCAUACUUGUACAUUUGUGGAAGCACUCAGCAUGGGAUCUGUUACUUUAUUGACAUCUACUCUCCAAAACCUGAGCCUAAGUGUUUAUACAAAAAAGAACAAAACUCUCCAGUCAAGUGUCCCGACUGUCUGGCCAGUCCACUCGGCACCAAAGUCACCAUCGUUGAACAGGGGGCCACAUCGCUGUUCUUUGUAGCAACCUCUGUCAAUGAAAAAGUGGCGCAGAGGUACCCGAGGAGGUCAAUAUCUGUGAUGAGGCCACUUUCAACCGAGGACGGCUUUCACAUGGUUACGAAUGGCCUGACAGUGCUCCCUGGUCUACGUGACUCUUACAAGAUUGACUACAUAUACAGUUUCUCCACCGAGGACUAUGUCUACUUUCUGUCCCUGCAGAGGGAAAAUCCCUCCAACAGCAAGUCAGGUUUUCAGACUCGUCUGGGACGGCUGCCUAUUUUAAUUCCAGAGGUGUGGAUGUACAGAGAGGUGGUGCUGGAGUGUCGGCACGAACCAAAGCGCAGGAGGAGAGGGACUUUCAAGGACAUUGUGUAUAAUGGGCUACAAGCGGCACAUUUCGGGCGAGCAGGGAAGGACUUGGCCGAAGAGCUGAGGGUGCAAGAGAGAGAAGGUAUCCUGUAUGGGGUGUUUGCAAAAGUGGAUGAGCAUGGUAAACCCCAGAAGCACUCAGCCCUGUGCGCCUUUCCUUUGACUCAAGUAAACAAUGCGAUUGACCGGGGCGUGGAGGCCUGCUGUACGACGGGGUCAGAACAGCUGUCGAGAGGUCUAUGCCACUACCAAGAAAGUGAGAGCUGCCCACAUGAAAACUCUGAAGGAAAUGACACAUGCACUGCCAAGGCCACUCUGGUGUCAAAGCCACACUAUAGAAUAGACAUCUUCAACAACCAGAUGAGAGACGUCCUGUUCACCUCUGUCCUGGUCAACACUAUUGGGAAUCAUACACUUGGCCAUUUUGGCACGUCAGACGGCCGGAUACUGCAGGUGAUUCUUACAAUGUACAAGCCUAUUGUUUUUGCCAACUAUUCACUGGGAGAUGUCAGAGUAUCCAGGACAGCAGCCGUGUACUCAGAGGAUUCACUUCUUUUUGUGGCAGGAAAUAAGAUGUUCAGGGUCCCAUCCACAGGACCUGGAUGUGCACAUUUUUUGACAUGCUCCAUGUGCCUGACGGCUCCACGCUUCAUGAACUGUGGCUGGUGUUCGGGAAUCUGCUCAAGGCAGAACAACUGUAGCUCACAGUGGAACAGCCACUCCUGUGCACCUGUCAUAACAGAGGUUUUCCCCAGAACAGUACCUGCUGGAGGGGGGACAGAAGUGACGCUGUGCGGUGCAGAGUUUCAGUCUCCUUUCCGACCGGCCAUCAUCAGUGGCAAGACUCACAUCAUCACUGUGGGCUCAGGGAGCUCUGCAACCUCUUGCACUGUCCUGCCUGAACAGAGCAGCAGUGAAAAGCUGGUGUGCAAAAUUCAGGGCAAAAGUCCAAACAAGGACCUCAACAUAACUCUGGAUGUGCAUGAGGGAGAAGUGGAGGGCCGCUACUCAAUCGAAGGCACAGCUCAAGUGUCUGGCUUCUCUCUUGUGGAGCCCCGCAUAACAGAAAUCAAGCCUGACCGCGGACCUAUGUUUGGAGGAACAACGGUCACGCUAACAGGAAGAUAUCUAAAUUCUGGGAUACAGAGAGAAGUUGCCUUUGCAGACGAAAAGUGCGAAAUUCUAAGCGUUUCUGAAGGAAGUGGGGAAUUGUCUUCAAUUACCUGCAAAACAGCAGCUGCAGCAGUUGUCGGGGAAGUCCCUGUCAAAAUCCUAAUUGACAGCCUUCAAGUGACUGCUCCGAUGAAGUUCUCCUACAAGGAAAACCCUGUCAUAACGUCUGUAGAUCCCCACUGCAGUUUCCAAAGUGGCUCCCGGCUGGUGAUAGAAGGUCAGAAUCUCGACCCUGCCUACGAAACUGUGGUUCAGUUUACUCCCAGGAAUCAAAACAGAGAACCUCUUCAACAAGUCUGCAAUGACAAAAUGAAUACCACACAUAUGGAGUGCUGGGCCCCACCUUUUCCAGAGGAAUGGCCAGAAGAAUUCUCUAUGGUGGGAGCGAUUUCUAUUCACAUAGAAGGAAAAAAGGACCUGUGGAAGAAGCGCUUUGACUACCACCCUGAUGCCAAAAUCAUUCCCUUUGAAAGUGAUGACAGUGUAUUACCUCUAAAGCCAGGAGAAAACGAGGUUUCACUACAUCAUAGCAAACUGAACGCAGUCCAAGCAUGUAUGAAGAUCGAAAUGACCAUUGGCGGUGUGGACUGCCACGCCAAGGUACUGUUAAAUGAGCUGACCUGCAGGAUUCCUAAAGGCCUGGAUAUCCCCAGCAAUGGAUUACCUGUCAACGUGCUUGUGAACGGGGAUGUUUUCAAUGUGGGCACAGUAGUCUUUGAUGACAACCACAACAUGUCUGUGAUUGCCGGCAUUAUCCUGGGCAUCCUUGCUGCACUGGUAGCAGGUGCUGGCCUUGCAUUAAUGGUGAUGAUUCAUUUAAGGAAGAAAAAGAGAGCCAACAUAGAGAACCGCUUAUCAACAAUGUUGUCACGUAACCGAAUGGGGAGUCACCCUGAUGCCUCUCCGACAGGUGACUACAGACGAGUUGAUCUGUCCCAUCAAACGUCUGGCUCAGGAGCAAUGGCCUUCCAAGGUUUAUUGUACGCUGCCAGCUAUGAUCAUCUGUCUGUUCCUUUAAUGCCCCGUGACAACAUAUCCGUGGUUAGUUUGAGUUCGGACCUCCUUGAAGAGGUCAAAGAAGUGCUGAUUCCUGCUGAUAUGGUCCGAAUUGAGGAUAGCCAGAUCAUUGGCAAAGGUCACUUCGGGACAGUUUAUCAUGGGUACCUGAUAGACAGUAAUAAACAAGAAACCCACUGUGCCGUUAAAUCACUGAACAGGAUCACUGACAUGGGUGAAGUGGAUCAGUUCCUCAGAGAGGGCAUCAUCAUGAAAGGCUUCAACCACCCUAAUAUACUGUGUCUGCUGGGCAUCAUGCUGCCCAAAGAAGGGCUCCCUCUGGUGGUUCUGCCGUACAUGAAGCACGGGGAUGUGCGCCACUUCAUCCGAUCUGAGAAAAGGAACCCAACAGUGAAGGACCUGAUUGGCUUUGGGCUUCAAGUUGCUAAGGGCAUGGAGUACUUAGCCCAAAAGAAAUUUGUUCAUAGAGACCUGGCUGCACGUAACUGCAUGCUGGAUGAAACCUUCACUGUAAAGGUGGCUGACUUUGGCAUGGCCAGAGACAUCUAUGACAAGGAGUAUUACAGCAUUCAGGAUCACAAAAGGGUAAAGCUCCCUGUGAAAUGGAUGGCUAUUGAAAGUCUGCAAACACAGAAGUUCACAACCAAGUCUGAUGUGUGGUCAUAUGGCAUCUUAUUGUGGGAGCUUCUAACCAGAGGUGCAAGCCCAUAUCCAGAUGUGGACCCUUAUGACAUCACGCACUACUUGUUGAAGGGGCGUCGUUUGCAGCAGCCACAGUUUUGCCCAGAUGCUCUCUAUUCAGUCAUGCUGGCAUGUUGGGACCCGGAGCCUGAGUGCAGACCCAGCUUCCAUAGCUUGGUUACAGAAGUACAACGCAUCCUGUCCUGCCUGGAAGGAGAGCAUUACAUCAGUUUGAAGGUUACCUACGUCAACUUGGACCAGCCAAGGCCGUACCCCUCGCUGACCGGCUCUGCAGAUGAGGCCGAAGCCUCAGACUUUGACACAGACAGUCACUCUGCCAGCUGAGAGUGCAACACGGACACGAGCUGGAAAGCAUAAGAGAAAAAGGGAUAGCUUUCCUCCUCAGAUAAAUUGUUGACCAUGCCUACAAACAUGAGCGCGAGGAAUAUUUGACUACUGAUUUAAACAAUACUGUAGGUUUUAUAAAAUCUAACUGGAGACGAUUUCAUGCUGGAAGUUACCCAUCCUACAUAUUAUUUGUAAGGAACGAGACGACAUGUAGAGGGUUUUUUUUUCUGACCUUCUGAAGACUAAAGACUUGUCUGUGAAUGAGACAACAUGAAUGUAAAUGGGCUUUUGCUUAUAUUUUUGUAAAAUAGAAUGUGAUGGUUAUACACUCAUAGAGUAUGUCUCUAAGUCAGUAUCUGUCUGUCUGUGUGUUUGAACACAAACACAAACUGUCAAAACAGACUUUUGCUCAAGGGUCAACCAUUUUCUUUUGUCACACAUUUCCUUUCUUGCCUUAUGGGGAUAUCAUGUAAAUUAUAUCUUUCCGUGUAAGUCAAGAAUGCAGAAUUCAUAUUAGGGUACACGAAAUAUCGUGGAUGCCGAAUAACCCUCACCUGCACUGAUUCAGGGGCACUGACAAUAAAAUAAAAUCUCUGCAUCUAAUAAUA